UCUUCAGAUGGCACCGAUGAGCAUGAUGUCAACCAUGUCGAUGCAGCCCGGCUGAAUGUGCCACACCCCAUCAUCAUCUGGUGGACUCCAUUCACUGGACAGAGGGGCCAGAUCACCAAGUGUGGCAACAACCAAUGCUUCUUCACCAUCGACCGCCACUUCCAGCAUCAUCCUAACACCAGUGCCUUCAUGUUCUACGGCACCGACUUCAAGCCAGACGAUGUCCCGGUGCCAAGAAAGCGGCAGCACGAGUGGGCGCUCUUCCACGAGGAGUCGCCGAAGAACAACUACAUUCUGUCGCAUCCGGAGUGCCUGACGCUCUUCAACCACACGGCUACGUUCAAGCGGGUCUCGGACUACCCUAUCACCACACAGUACUUAAAGAGCAUAGAGGAUCUGGAGAGCCGGAAGUAUUUAAAGACUCUGGAGGAGAAGAAACGGGCAGGGCUGGCCCCUGUCGCGUACGUCCAGAGUGACUGCAAUCCACCAUCAGAUAGGGACAGCUACGUCAAAGAACUGAUGAAGCACAUCCAUGUCGAUUCCUAUGGGGCUUGCCUCCACAACAAGCCUCUCCCACAUGAACUCACAGACCCUCUGACCAUGUUCAAGAGCAACUUUUUCGAGAUAAUGUCAAAGUACAAGUUCACACUUGCAUUUGAGAAUGCCCUGUGUGAAGACUAUGUUACAGAAAAGUUAUGGCGCCCACUCAUAUUGGGGUCGGUGCCUGUGUAUCGUGGCUCACCCACUGUCCGGGACUGGCUACCUGAUAACAACUCUGCUGUAGUCGUGGACGACUUCAGAUCACCCAAAGAACUGGCAGAUCGCCUGAAAUAUCUGGAUGGCAAUGAUGAAGCUUAUGAGAAACUGCUGAAUUUCAAGAAAGUCGGUGUCACAAACCCUCAUCUCCUUUCUGUAAUGAAGGAUCGGGAGUGGGGCGUGAACGACUAUACCCAGCCAAAUUUCAUAGACGGCUUUGAGUGCCUUGUUUGCAAUCGCUUACAUGAAAACCUCAAGGCAAGAAGGGAAGGCAAAUCUGAAACCCCACACAUUGUUUCUCCAGACCAUUACACCUGUCCAAGGCCUGUGGCAUUCAGCCCUGAAUCGUACAACUCAAUUCACUUGUACGUCGAGUUAUAUGAUGAGCAUAUUAAGAGAGCCAAAGCUCUUAGAGAGCUAAUAGAUGCCAAAGCUAACUUUACAUCUGAGCAGUACUCGGCUCUGGUUUACAAAUAUCUAACAGGAGAAAGAAAUUAAGUCAUUAGUUACUUUUAAAUGUGAAAAUAUUUUGUCUUCGGGGAGCCAGAGAGGUGAUAAAAAGCCCAUUCACAUUUUUGAAGGGUUAAAUUGUUAUGUCCUUCUGACACUAUUAUAUGUAUGUUGAUACUUUAAUGGUGAUGCCAAAGAUUUUAUAAAUAUUUCUAAUAUAUUUGUAAAUGAUGUACUUUUUAGCGAUUUACCUUAUAACUCAUUGCUCCUUUAUGUUAAAAGGAAUUUUAAUUGGUUUGGACCAAGUCAUCAAAACAGAUAGAAAAGGCAUCUAAAAAAGACUUCAAGUUUUACAGCUAGCAAGUUUUCCUUCAUUUGUAUGAGCUUUAAAGCUUCCCGAAGCCAAACGAUUACCUCAGCAUUGUUGGUGCAAAGAUUCCAAUAUUUGGUGAUAAAGAAUAAUCAUUUGUUGCUUUAAAAACUGUCGAGAGUCAACUUCCAUGGGGAAUUUAAUACCAUUAGUAUGUUUUGGGGUUCUGGGUUCAUAAACAAGAAUCGAUAAGAAAAACACGAACACAAAACGCAGUCAGUUUGUGAUAGCAUUCAAUCGCAAUAUUUUCCCCUCUCUUUGGCCAUAUUCUAAAAAAAGGUUGCAAAAUUUUGUAUUGUGGUACAAUACCGUGGAUUAUGCACAUUUCUUGCAUUAUCACGCUUCAUUCAAGUUAGUGCCCUUAGCCAAAAGCGUGCAUUUAUAAUUUGACUCUUCUUUAUCUUCUUAUGAAUUAAGCAUAAUUAUGUGUGAGAAUCUGCAUAGUCUAUGGUUUUAUACAAUGGUAUAAUUGAUACAUGUACCUCUUUUGAGUAUACAGGUCUUUGAGUGCAUGAUUCAUGUACAUUGUAGAUCAUUGGGUUUGACCCAGGAAGUGAAGGUCAAUGUAAUACAUAUCUGACCGUAGUAGAAUCAUGAUCAAUGAAGAUGUCCAUCAUGUUCAAUCAGCUAUUAAUCUCUGUGAUUCUGCAUAAUUGCUUUUCAAAAUGCACCUUAAAUUAUUUCAUGUUUUGUUUUGAAAGGCGUUUGAAUUGACAACCAAUGUAUUAAAAAUUGAUUGAAUGCAACUUUGGCUUUGAUCUAAAUAUCUUAUAAAACUGUUUUUCUCAGGUAAAAACUGUUGAAUGAAUUCAGCCAUAGAAGUUACGUUUAUUAUUAUCAACAUUUUGUUAUAACAUUGAGAUACUAAUGGUAACACCUUGCAUUUUCACCUAACACAUAUGAUAAAGUCAUUGUCUCUAAACCUUUGCCAACAGCAUGCAGGCAAAUGAAAAUUGGUAUACGUGAUGGAUCAGAAAUGAUUUGCCGUGUCCUAAUAUGAUCGAGCUCCACAUAUUUCCAGUUCUUUUCAAAGAGUCUGGUAUUUGCCAAAUACAAUCGAUUUUCACGACAUCUGAAGGCAGUUGGCUUUUAAUACAGAAUCAUAUACAAAGCCAAGUAGCCAAUCAUAACUUCACAUCCCAAAGUGGAAUAUGAUAUUAAACAGGUAGUAUUUUCUAUAUAUACAGUAUAUUUUUUUCAUUCUAAGUAAGCAAUAAUAUUAUAAAUGUAGAAAAAAGUUAUUGGCGGGACUGAAUCAUAAAAAAAGAUAGGUUUAGGCUUUUAUAAGCCUUGGUGUUAAAAAGAUUUUCUUUAAUCAGAUGAACUUCCACCAGGAAAACAAUUACCUCAGCAUUGCUGGUGCAAAUAUUCAUGAUGGUGAUGAUGAAUAUUUUAGAUUUCUUAUAGUUUUGAAAUUGAAUAAACUAUAAUAAUAAUAUAUAUUGUAUCUUUAUAGCGCUUAAUACAUGGUUUUUCUAAACGCUUUACAAAGUGAUUAAAUAACAUACAUUAUAAUCAA